ACAAUUGCUUCGUUCAGCGCUUUGUUCAAAUACACAAUCCCUGCCAAAAGUCGUGGAAAACUAAUGUCAGUGUUCAGGAGAAAAUUCAACCAUCCUCCUCUCCCCGAGCAAUUUUGGCAUAAUAGGAGUGAAAGGGUGAAAAGAAAUUUUGUAUCUUAAUCCUGAACUUUCAUUGUGGCUAUCUUUUCAAAAAUGUCUAGAUAAUAACGUUCAACCAUCAAAAGGAUCAAUUUUGUUUGUUUUUCAUAGCAGUUGCUAUUUAUCAAAUUGUUAAUGAUUGUUAUCGACUUUUUUCAGUCGAAAUCUUUGUUUUUAAAAUUAAUUACAUGCUUGUGGUUGUUUAUGCAGAGGUUUGGCCUACCGCUAUAAUUGUUACUCUAGGUCUUUGUAGCGCGUUUGUUUAGAAUUCAAAUAUACUCAUAGGCGGGCUCUUAGAAUGUCACUCUUGCCUACUUCAGCCAUAGUUGUUUUUCCUCUCGCUUAGAAUCUAAUAGAAAAGGCCUAGCUAGAUAUCAGAAGGUUGUUUAGCGUUUUGUAAUCAAUUUUGUUCAAUUUCAUAUAUGAUUCAUGUGCAUUCAUACGAGAAUUUCCAUGAAAUGAAUCUAGCAGGUAUUUUUAAAUCGACUUAUCUUAAAUCCAGAUUCCUUGAAAAACGGUGUUAAGAUUUGGACCCUUCCCUAAUGUAUUUAGGGGCUUUGGCUAGGGCUGAGACGUCGUGUUACAUAUGCGCCAAGAGCUGAGCUGUGUAACUAUUUACGAUGGAAUGGUAUUGAGAGGGGUCCUUGCAUAAUGAUUAAAUAAGUAUACAAAUAUCAGUGACUUCAUCAAGGACUUUAUCUCAGUUUUCUUCCCCAGGCACAAUAAUGCUUGUUACACUUCUUUGGACCAGAAAGAUUACGACAACUUGUGGGUUAUGCACCUUGUUGCCCCAGGCCCCUGAUUGACUGAAAGUGAACUGUUGGUCCAAUCAGAGCUGAUCCUGCCUUUAAUCAGCUGACCGUCCACAGAGCACUUUGAGGCUAUCUUUUUUCAUAUUUAGCUGCUCUUGAUUUUAACAGCUUUUGGUUAAAUCUCAAUCGUAUCUACAACCCCGGACAGAACCAGUUGAUGUUUUCUUUCGAAAAAUAACCUUUCCCCUCCCCCGAUUCAAUGUUUAUUGCAUCUUUUCGAAGCGCAAAUGAUGGAGUUACUAAUCCAAAAUUGAUUGGGGGAAAGGAGGAUUUUAAUUUACAGGGGCAACGUAAAGUAGAAAAUUGCAAGAAAUUACAUUUUGUCUGAACAAUUUAGUCCGGGAUUGUAGCUAGACCAACUUUUUGAAAUGUGAAGAAAAAACUCACUGAAUAUUUCAUGAGCAAUAAAAGCUAGUAAGAUGAUAAAAAAAUUAAGAUAAAUUUUACAAAAAUCUUUUCACGCAGAUUUUUUAUCACUUUUUCUUGAAAGGCAGCCAUUGGGAUUGGAGUUGAUGAGUUAAAGUAAAUACAGAGAAAAGGUGCUUUGCAAUUUCUCUUUUACCAAAACUAGACCAUUUUUGCCCGAAAGGUAAAAAUGCAUUCUUUGAAAGCAUAUUUUUGCAGUAUAUCGCAAUAAAAGCUUUUUUGUUGAAGAACUUCUGUAUUGUCUGAAAAUUCUUGGUCGAUACCGUAAGCGUCUUGAAAGCCCUAUUGUAAAAUGGACUUAGUAAUUCAAGGAAAAAACAUCUUCAGAAAGCUUUGAAGUGUUACAAAUGCAAUUAAAGCUUCAUUUCUGCCCUCAUGUGAAGCUGCUUUUCAUAUUAAAAUCCUGGAAUAUGCCAAUAAAUGUAAUUGUUAUGCUCGGAAUUUCGUAUCUGGAUUUGGUUGUCUGGUAGCGAUGGGCCUAAUUGUUAUCUGGUCUUUGCUAUUUUUGUUGCCAACCAGUUUCAUCCUCAGACACUUUAUUCUCUGAAUAAAUAUGGACGAAUUCUGGUCAACUUUAACACAUUUCGAUGACUGGGUCAUUGUCGACACGCUUUUGGGUUCUCACGAAAAGAAUCCGGAUUCGUGCGAAAAAGAGGAAACAAAGAAACCAGUAGUGAAACGAAAUAAGCUCGGCACAACAACAAUAACAAAUGUCAUUGCAGACGGCCAGAGAAGCAUCGAACAAGAUGUUCAGUUAUUAGAAGACUUAAACAAACUUGCUGUUGAAUCCAAGAAACAUGUAUCACUGAAAUCAAACUGCAAGCCAGAAGGCGCCUUCUCCCACCCGCUAGCAAACAGUUUGCUAAAGUUGCGUGAAAUUAAUCUUGAAAUACAGAGAUUACGAUGUCUAACUCAAACCGAGAACCUUCAGGUUGACAAAACUACUGAAGAAAGAAGAGCAAGGAGCUACUCGUGCCCAGACUCCAUAACUGCACGGAACACAGACAGGAUGGCUCACGGCGUUCGUCGGCGUAGUGGGUCAUUGACUUCUUGUGGUGAAGAAAACGUCGAGAGUAGAUUGCCAGGUCUCACUAAUGAAUUGAAUGAAGAAGCUGGAGAUAAUUUGGGCGAAGAAGACUCGCAUGGGAAGAUCAAAUGUGAUUUUGUACAAGCAGAGAGUCAGGAUUUUGAAGAAGGGGAAAUCGAAACGGAGAAAUCGCUGUUGCACGAAUCAGAAAGGAACUCAUCUAUAGAAAGUGGAUCUUCUUUAGAUGAGGCGCCGGGAAAUGAAGAUGCGAACAAUGAUAGCAGUAAAACAUUUGCUCAUAAUGAGCCUUUUACCACAGACAAUUUAAAGACAGAGUCAGAGAGGUUUGUUGAAAGUACAUCACUGGGAGAUAAUGUUGGUGAUAGCAGUCUUAGUGAUGUUGCAGAUGGGAGCAUGAUUGACCGAAGUGUGUGUAGCACAGAGGAAGAAAACUCGGUCCUUGUUGCGGAAGAGGAGAGCACCGAUGACCAAGAGAAUUCGGAACUGAAUGUGGAAUCCCCUGAAGAUAUACCCUCAAUCAAGGUUGCAGAUUCAUCAAUAGCUGUGUCUCAAAAUCAGGCCGAGGCUAUGGCUGGAGAAUACGCAGAUGCCAAUGUUGUUCAUGAAGAUCUUGCUGUUGCUACACAGGCAGCUCAAGAUGAAGCGACACAGAGUUUUGAUCAACAGGAUUUCGUUGGUCGAUCAGGCAAUAACAUGAUGUCGGAGAUGCGCAUGCUGACUGCUGUUACGGAGGAGACUGAAGAGGAGCUCUUGGAGCUAGAUGUAAAAGAAACAUUAGACCCGAACACGCAGAAAAGCCACUCGAUGGAAGAGUUGAAAGCGUUGCGUCGUAAUGAGGAGAGGCUGCAUCGUUCGGCAGAACAUGUAAAUUUGCCUAGAGUUGUUCUACGAAAAGGAAUUUUGAAAAAGGACCGACCGUUAUCUGACAAUUAUGAAAACAUCAAGAUGGUUGCAAGAGAAAGUCAGUUCAACAGACUUGGUAAGAUGUCCGAUAGUGACGAUAGUGUGAACGGCCUGGACAAAAGGAAGAGCAAAAGCCUUGAUGCGAUACUUAUUGAUGAAGAGAACGGAAAAUCGCCCUCUUUGACGUCCAGUCAGCUGAGUUUGUCAGACAUUCAUGGAAGCGUAGAGUCAUUGCGGUCGAUGGAUCGAUUAGAGCCACAGGGACUGCCGCUUUAUCGAACGAAAAGUAUAGGGUCUUCUUCACGGGAUCACAGGGCAUCACUCAACGACAUUACCUUCUCGGUACAAGGAGAUCUGGAUGAGCCAGCGCCUAUGCUGAAGAAGAAAAGGUCGAGGUUUAGUUUCAAAAGGAAGUCAAAAUCAACAACAUCGCUAGACAAAAAGGGCAUUGGUUCACAGGAUGACGAGAGACGGAGGACAAUUAUGGGAGGCAUCAGCACAGAGAGGCUGUUCGCUUCCAGGAAGGGAGAGGAGUACGACAAGACGAAACGACACACUAUGAUCGAAACGAGUAGCAUCAGCAACAGAGAUUCUGGCAUUGAUUCAACGUGUGAAUUGAGACUUGACGAUAUAAUGCUAACCACAGCAAUCUCCAAGGAUGGAUUGCAUAUACCAAGUAUAUCGGAGAUUGGAUUACACCCGUCAAAGGACAGAACCCGCUCAUCUAGUGAAAUAAGUGGAGACAGAGAUACAGAAGAUGACGAGCUUGACAUUGACACUGAUGAAGGCACUAGCUCUGAAAUAGCUGAAAGGGUGCGAAAGAGUUCGGUCUGUACCGAGGAGAAGAAAAAGGAGAAGAAAUUUGGAAUAUUAAGAAAAAACAAAAAGGAAAAGAAGUCUGGAAAAGACAAAGAGCAGCUUGACAAGGGCUUGAAGAAAAGCCAUAAAGACGGGAAGACAUCGUUUCUUGGAAAGAAGCAUUCAUUUCGUCAAGGAACACGACCAGCCUCAAUGAACAUUAGUUCGUCUGAUUCCAAGAUGUUCGCUCGCGGAUCAUCGAUGGGCAAGCCCGGAUCAGGUGCCAUGCAGUCCGCGUCUAUGGACAAUCUUCGUUCCUCCGGACGUGGAAGGCCUUCUCCAACCGGGACAAGAAAAAAUCUUGAUGUUGUCGACGGUGUCACAGAUGUAGAGCAUUUAUCAACAAAUCUGAACAGUGCUCUGAGUUCGUCACUUGGAUCAUUAAACCUCGAGGAAGUUGCUGAUGCUCCUUUCGAAGUCGACGAUUUGUCACAGUACGAUUCCGACCUGGAUAUCAAAAAUGAGCCUGAAACGUGGAGUGAUUUGGUGGAAAAGAAGGUACAACGAAAACUCCAUGCCAAGGAUAUUAAGCGACAAGAUGUCAUGUAUGAACUCAUCUUCACGGAGAGUAACUACGUUCGAACGUUGAAAAUUGUUUCACGGAUUUAUUGUGUUGGGUUCAGACGAGAGUUGGGAAUGGAUGAACAAACAAUCAAGGCUUUGUUUCCAAGGCUUGAUGACCUCUUAGAAAUAAACGGGAAAUUCUGCGAGCGACUGAAAAAGAGACAGCUUGAAAGCAACAAUAAUGUGAUUGAGGAAGUUGGAGAUAUCCUUGUCGAUCAGUUUGAUGGUCCAAAGGGAGAGUUUAUGAAAGAGGUCUAUGGUUAUUUUUGCAGCCGACAUUUGCAAGCUGUUGCAUUAUACAAGGAACUAAUGAAGACGGAUAAGAAGUUUGCGCUGUUUGUCAGGAAAUGCAUGUUGAAUGAAAGGGUACGGCGACUGUCGAUCCCAGAAUGCAUCACUCUUGCCACUCAAAGACUGACCAAGUAUCCACUUUUGUUCGAGGCUGUCCUCAAAGCAACAAAAGAGGCAAAGAGUGAUUACGAAAACCUGAGAAAAUCAAUCACCAAAGUGAAACAAGUUCUGAUGGCCGUUGAUGAAUACGUCAGGGAUUAUGACAAGCAACAGCAACUUCUAGAAUUAAAAAGAAAAUUUGACCCACGUGGCGAGGUCCAGUUCAAAAAUGGGCAAACCUUCAAGAACUCCAAACUUUUUAGUAAAAGAAGCGCCUUAAUGCAUGAUGGGACGUUAACGUGGAAAGGAAAAGGAAAAACUCUUGAUGUGCGAGUUAUUCUUCUAGCUGAUAAAAUCUUCUUUUGCCACGAAAAAGACCAGAGGUACAGCCUGGUGUCUAUCGACAGCAAAUGUCCUGUUAUAUACCUAAAAAGUCUCAUGGCUAGAGAGGUUGCUACAGAUAUGAAGGCGCUGUUUCUUUUCGAUAAUGAAGGCCCAGAAAUGUACGAAAUGGUUUGCCCAUCAAUCAAAAGCAAAAAGCAGUGGAUGCAAGAAAUUAGCGCUUCGAUAAAAAACAGACCGGAUGAAGAAGAGGAAAAUCAGUCAGAUUUAGAGGAGGAAUUACGCAAAGAGGAAGAACAUCGGCUUGUACGGCUGAAAGAAAUAAUGGAAUCACUUCAAGUUGUUGACUACCAAUUCGUGAAUCUUAUCGCUGACAAAAACAAGUUGGUUGUGGAAAUGAGGGAACUGAUUGAGAAAAUGGGAUCUUCUUCAAAGAGCUCCACAUCGAACCUCGAACUUACCGCCACAGAUGUCCUAGAAGGAAGGGAAACCUUGGAAAAAGCGAUUUCUGAAGCGAGUUCUUUAACAGCGAUGCUGUAUGACAGUGAAAUGCACCUGCAAAAUUCACAAGCUCAGCAAGGACCUUCAUCUGGGCCUAAACGCGCGGAAACAUUUGGUGGCUUCGAUAGAAAUUCGAAGACUUUGAUGCCCCCCAUCCAAGUAUCUCGUGCAAGCUCACUUAAACAAGAGAACAGAUUAUCACUCGGGGGAAAGACAUUAGGGAUACUCGAGAAUAACAUCGGUUCGCAGGACCCUAAAGAGCGAGUUCGAAAAACCAGUCAAGGAAUUAUGUCUGUGAUUGGUCGAAGUAAACCGAAUGAAUCAUCAGAGGACCUCUCGUCAGCCUCAUCCUCGAAUUCAAACCUCGCUCCAGUUUCGAGUGCGACAGCUCAGAAAAUACUCGCAGUUACGCAGCUGAAAGACUGCCUGACCUCAUUAAUGGACAUCACGAAUAAACAAGACAUAGAGCUCGCAAGUAUAAGAGUUGAGCUGCAAGAAUCUCGAGUCGAAAUCAACAAACUGCGAUCUGAACGGCACGAGAUCGAAGAGAAAUUGGUACAACAGCAAAAGGAACACGAACGACAAAUCAGUAGACAAAAGGAGUCUUCCACCAAACUGGAACGAACUGUUGAGAAACUAACAAAACAAUUUAACGAAGUCAGGUAUUUAGAACGUCAAAAACGAAUGCAAGUUGGACUCUCGGGGAAGUCUUCGAAAAGUAACUCUUUAUCAUCGCUGCAUAAUAAAAACCAUAAGGGUCCUGUGCAGGAACAUUCGGGACGGUUGAGCCACAACAGGGACGAUAGCGAUGACACGGAUGUCAUUUUUUUCUAGUAUAUAGACGAGGUAAUAUUUUAAUGCAAGGUGUAUUUGGAAACUCAGUUGUUAAGGCUUGGUUUUAAAGGCUCAUUCAGACAACUAUUUGAAUUUUGGGAAAAAUGAUUCUGUCAAUCUGAUGUUGUGCUUAAACAAUGUGUCUGAGUCGAAGUGGAAUAUCUCAUUUCAUUGGUAAAGAUGUCCGUUGCUUCAUAACUAUAAGCCAAGAAUCCAUUCUGGUUCUUUGGUGUCUCUGGUCACCUCUGCACCAAACGAGACAUAGUUUGAUAUUACAUAAGAUAGCUGGACUUCAAAUACUAUUUGAGUGGGGCGUGCUUCAGGAUACUUGACAGGUUUGAUGAAGAUGACUGAUUGGGAGAGCCAUAAGGGUUCAUGCGGUUGGUUUGGAUCCAAAAGGCUCUAACAGCCUGAAAUACUUUCAAUGGCAACGGCCAUUCUCCCAUCAAUAUUUAUCAAGGCAAGUGAUAUGAUAAUUAUUGUUUUUGCACAAUUUUCGAUUGGCUUGGGUAUUUAAAUUCAGGAGAUUCCUGAUAGUUUCAUUACAUACUCUCUGAAUAGAUAAAUAAUGUUUUUUAUUGUGAGAUAUAUUUUCGUUUGAUUUGAAUUUUUUAGAUUUUAUGAUUACCAUAACAAAAUGUAAAUUUAUUUGCAUUGUCUAAGUACUUGUAUCGCGCAACUGUGAGGUCUUAAAUAAAAAUUGUCUUUAGGACUUUUUCGUAACUCAGUUUAAACGAAAUUCACUAAACUUGCAUGAUGGCAUUAACUUCAUGUUAUAAAAAGACCAGUCAUCAAGUUUGUAAGGUUGGUAAGGGGUAAAUAACAUGUCUAGAUUAAAUUGUUACCAAUAGAAUCUAGAAGAAACUACUCUAUACGCUCGACGGGUGUCAGCCAACAAGCCUCUCUUCUUUGGCCAUUUGUUUUGCACCACGUGAUACUUUUCAGCCUCUUAACAGAGGAGCUUGUCCCGGUUGCUAUAGAGAAGUUUCAUGUUGUUUCAAACCCGUUCAUUAAGUUCGCUCACCCUACUGUGCGCUCAGACACUUGUAGUUUAGUCGAGAUUUUAUGAGGCAUACUUUUAGAGAAAAGUGUCGUCUUUUUCUUUCUGUGUUCUCUUUAUUGGUUCACGUUUUACUCUGAAAUGUUAAGUGCCAUCACGCAGCUUUUCUCAUUAAUGGUGGAAAAGGUAUUACUAUGGGGUAUUUUUUCAUCUUUUCAUCAUCGAUAUGCAAUGCAUGAUAAACUGAUUCCUAUAUCAUUGGAUUCAUGACAUUUUCUUGACAAUAGACACCACACCCCCCCCCCACACCCCGACAUGAAUAGUUUUACUGAUUUUACUUAUUAUAUUUCUAAUUUAAUAAAGUUUACUGUUUUGCAAUUUGGCCCUAUUUAUAUCAGAGUUGCUAAUAAAUAGGCCGAUCGCGCGAGAAACUUUCCCUUUUAUGUUCUCUAUUUGGUACCUCCACGUUAGGCUGUUGUCUAUAGACUAUCGUUAAACACUGGCAACGAAGCAGGCUGCCCUGCCAUUGUAUUUACAUUUUGCCCAACAACCAUAGCUUAUGUUUUAACGACGUUCAAGGAUAGCUUAUUACCUUGAAGCUAUUUCUCGAUAUCGAUAAGUUCAGCGUUUAACACCGUGUGUGAUUCAUCCAAAGUUUUGGAGGAAUAUGAAAUCAUGAUAUCAUCAGCAUACAUGUUUGCCACAGCCUUCUUUAAUGCAAAGGGAAGAUCAUUUAUAUAGAGCAGAAAAAGAAGUGCUCCCAAGCAAGACCCUUGUGGCACUUCGAUAUCAAUAACUUUAAUGUCAGAAGAGACGCCAUUUACUUUGCAAAACUGCUUCCUGUUAUUCAAAUACGAUCGAAACCAAUCAUGUUCCAAGCCGCUGAUACCAUAGAAUUUGAUCUUAUCAAGAAGAAUGCCAUGAUCAACGGUAUCAAAGGCAAAAGUCAAUGAAAAUCAUAGCUGUAAAUUUCCCUUUAUCAAUGUUGACGUACCAGUCAUUCGUGCACUUCAGAAGGCAUGUGACAACAGAGUGUAAAGAGCGAAAACCGGACUGUUUUAAGCAUACGAGUUUUCGUCCAGAUAUCGAUAUAAUUUGUCGUACACAAGUUUUUCAAAUAAUCUAGAAACGGCUGGUAGAACAGAUAUUGGCCUGUAAUUUGACUUUUCAUCAGAAGGGCCCUCCUUAAAUAUGGGAGCUACCCUAGCAACUUUCAAGCUGUCAAGGAAAACACCCGAAGAUAAAGAGCGGCUCUAAAUAUCACAGAGUGAAUCACAAACAACAGGAAAGGCUACUUUUAAGAAAUAGCUGGCAAUGUUAUCCACACCAGACCCAUGUGAUGUAUUGAUAUUAUUUAAGGCCUUUUCGAUGGUCCUCUUGUCGAUUGCAACGAAUUUGAAUGGUUCUCUUCCAUUCGAGGGAUUUGUUAUAUCGUAUUGAUGAGGCAGAAGGGGAUUAGGCUGGGCGGGUAUCUUGUCACUGAGAUUCUUCCCCACGCUGCAGAAAUAAUCGUUCAUCGAGUUAGCGAUGUCAUGAUCGUUAUUGACCUCCUGUUCGUUCACUUUAAAGGAAUUAGUAGUUUUAGAUCCUUUAUUCAAAAGGAGGUUUAUUGUUUUCCAUGACUGUUUUAAGUCACCUUUACAGGCAGCUAAAUUCUUGGAAAAGUAUUCUUGUUUGAGAUUUUUGUUGAAAAUGUUAGACUUAUUUCGCAGUUGCUUGUAGGCAUCUAUCAGUAUAGUGGAUUUACGCUUAACGGCAGCAGUUUUCAUUCUGUCCCUCUGACGAAAAAGCGUUCUAAAAUCGCUAUUAAGCCAUG